CAACACGAAGCACCGUAGUGGCAGUUGGCGUCUCGGCGUGGCAUUAUUUUUGUUAACUUGGUCGGACAAACACAAAACGUUGAACGAAUUUUAUUUGGCGCAGAUUUUUACGUGAGUUCUGUUUGGAUUUCAAGUGGUAAAAACGAAGUAGGAAACUUUUUCAUUCGGUUUCAUUUUGUCGACCAACAGCAUCAAUUGAAAAUACCAAAAUCGUAAGCUUCAGGCAACGGUUUAUUAAGGAAAUGGGCGUGGCCUCAAUGAGUAGAAGGAUGUUGACAUUGCCCUUGGCUGUGGCAUUGAUUGUUGUUGUCCUAAGCAAUCAAGUGGAUGCCUAUUCGAAAUAUGGACGUGGUUGCGGUGACAUUGGCUGUCUGCCCACCGAGGAGUGCGUCAUCAGUAGCGAUUCGUGCAGUUACAACCAACGCGAUGGCAAGGAUUGUGGCAGCUUUCCAACCUGUAAACGCAAAACGGGCUCCUCCUCAGCCAGCUCUAACCAUGCUUCACCGUCGGUUAAUCCGUCAGAAGUAACCAGCGGCAGUACCCACAACUCAUACGCUCCAAACUCACCAAGCGCUCCGCUACCCGAUGCGGAUGCGGGUGGUGCCGGCUACGGUGGCGGCGGUGGCAGUGGCGGCGCUGGCGGUAACGGUGGCGGUGGAUAUGGUGGUGGCUUCUCGGCUGGCGGUCAUAGUCUCUAUCCCAGUCUACCCAAUUCAAAUCCGAAUGGUGCUAAUGGUGGCGGUGCAGCAUAUAAUCCAUAUGGCGGCUAUCAGCCACCACAACCACAGCCGGGCGGCUACAAUCCCGGUGGCUACAAUCCAAACGGUGGCUACAAUCCCUAUAUGGGCAACGGCGGUGCUGGCGGCUAUCAACCACCAGUUCCUGGCUAUACCCCUCCAGCACCUGGCUACGACAAUGGCGGCGGUGGACAAAAGCCAAAGGACAAAGAGGGUGGCGGUUUCUUUUCGAAUUUCUUCUCCAAUCCAGCUGUGAGUCAAGCUGUCUCCGGUAUCAUUGCAGGCCAGAUAGCUAAACAGUUGCAGGGCGGCGGCAACGGUGGUGGCGGCGGCGCUGCUAAUGGUGGUGCAAAUGGUGGCUAUCAGCCAAGUGGUGGUUACGGCAAUGGCGGCGGCGGUGGCGGCUCAUCCUCUUCUGGUGGCACCAGCAAUUUGCUGGGCGGUCUUCUUGGCUCUGUUCUAUCUGGCGGUGGCAAUAACGGAGGUGGCUCUAGCGGUGGUGGUGCCGGCAGUUUCAUCGGCAGCCUUCUCAGUGGCGGCGGCGGCGGUGGCGGUUCCAAUCGCGGCGGUGGUGGCCUCGGCGAUCUACUCAACUCGAAGAAUUUCGGAGGCCUCUUCAGCGAGAAUCCAUCGUCAUCUGGUUCAUCGUCCUCGUCGGGUGGAAGAGCAAGUUACCCCACUCAAGCUCCUUACUAUGGCUAAUGAGAGCGAAUUGACCAGCAUUUGAUCAACUUUUUUUUUCCCCCUUCUUCCCCCCCACUUUUCUUCGUAUGGCAAUGUAAUCAAAUACACAAUAUAUAUAUAUAUAUAUAUAUACACACACAUAUAACACAAUGAUUAUAGAAAUAUAAUAAACAUUUGAAUGGACUUAAAUGACAGCUAAUUGAGAGACACUUUUUCAACAAAAAGAAAACAAAAAAAAACACAAAAAUAAAUUGAAUUCAUUUGUAAAUAGAAAAUAAAGAUAAUACAAAAUAUACGUAAGACAUUGAAAGCCAGACUAAACUAAA